UUCGGUAAUACGCAUGAUGAUGUGUUUUGUUUAGCCUAUAGGCGUAACUGAGUGUCUCUUUAUAUUCUGUAUAAAAUGCAGCGAAACGGGAGCUACUAAAAAAAUUAUACAUGUUAGUGGCGCCCACUGAAGUUGCAACAAACAUCGAGUAUCGAUGCAGACGAGGGUGGGAUAUGUGUUGCUUCAAAAGUUGAGGUUAUAAGUAUUUUCGGAAUUGUUCGAAGAAAGUAUUAAAAAAGCAAUGUCACUGUGCUAUUUAGGGCCAACAGCGUGGCGUACAUUUCCCACUUAUGUUUGUUGUGUUUCUAAAAGAUAUUAUUGUGCAUCGAAGUUGAAACCACUGCUGUAUACCGCAUCCUGGUGUAAACAAGGAGUACCGGCGUUUACGUCGGCCGCUAAAAGUGAAAUAAUUGUGAAACUCUGUAGUCCAAAAAGCGUUUGGUGUGCACAAAAACGAUCAUUUCAUUUAAGCUCCAAUUUAAGCGCGAAACGCCCAUAUGAAGUGAACACUGAUGUUCAGAAGGAUGUGAUAUUAUUUAGACACCUAAACCCCAGGUGGUAUACGGUUCUUAAUUUAUUUGCAGUCUGUCAGUUUUGUUUCUGGAUGUAUUCUGCUCAUUUAGGGUAUACACUACUGAAAGAUGCGCCGGUGAAUGCGGAUGUGAAUGAAGAUCUCCCCUUCUGGAGGAGGGUUAAUUUAGGAGAGAAGAAAUAUAGACUUGGAUUUACUCUACUUUCUAUAUUCGUAGGUUUAACUUUGAUGACAACCACUUGCUUGUAUACAGCAAAAUCAGUUAAGUAUCUUAUAUUACGGAAAGGGGGAAGGAGCGUAACAAUUGUUACACAUGGACCAUUUGGAAGGAAUAUUUCACGUACAGUGGAUCUUGCAAAUGUCAGUUGUCCAGCUAGCCGCGGGAGUGCUAAAGGGCAGCUGCCAAUCAAAGUGAAAGGAAAUUAUAUUCAUUAUGUAUUAGACAUGAGAGGAGAAUUUACCAACCCUCAGCUUUUUGAUUACACUGCAGGCUUGAAAAGAAAUUUGUAAGCUAUGUAUUUACAUGAGGCAAGAUUUUUCAAAUGCAAAUUUUUGCAGCAGUUGUCAAUUUUAUGACCAGUUUAUGCUCAUUCCUCAACAUCACUUAUUUUCUUUGUGUAUGUGCUCUUGAGUAUAUUUUUGCAACUAAGUUAAUGAUUUUUCACCCACCAAGAACGAGGAAGGAAAUCAGCUGUGUCCUUUUCAGAAGAACCAUCCAUCUGCUUAUUUUAACUGAUCAAGGUAAGCCUUGAAAACUUAAAUGUGGAUAGGGAUUUGAACCUCCACUUGUCCUGAAUGUGACACCAUUAAGUGUAAUAUGAGAGAAAGCAAAGUAUAUUUUGCUGUAUCAUAUUAAACUAUAAAAUAUUUCAUUAGUUCCUAAUAGUUUUAUGAUGUUAUUACUAUUUUCUGAUGUUAAUGUGCUAAUUAGUGAUAGUCAGUGGGAUAAAUGAUCAUUUGGGUAAAAAUGCACUUAUGGUGUCUGUGGAUUUUCCAUUGCACGCUGCUGUUGUUAACAGUUUGAGUGAUAAAUGAUGAGAACAGAACAGACGGAUGUUUGUAGCCAAUCACAUAGCUCAUGCAUAUUUUCCUAUGCUUCAUAAAUGAAGUUAGCUGGUAUUUUGCUUCACUCGUAGCAAUUUAAGCUGAGUUAUUACAAACCAACCUAACCACCACCUCAGAAUUCGUGAUAUAUAAAAGAAAAAUAGCAAAACAUUUAUGAUAAAAGUGAUGGUAAACAUAAUAAUGUUUACGUUUAAGCUGUGCUGUCAUGUCUCACUCUAUCCACCAGCUUAAAAAUUGUCACACAUUCAGAAAAAACAGCCAAAUAUUUGGGACGGUCAAGAUCAUAAGAUUGAGCUAUUUUCAGGUGUUACUUUAUACUGUCACCCAACUGGUUAUGGCCAACGAUAAUGACGAGUGUUGACAAAAGCCGGCCGGAGUGGCCGAGCGGUUCUAGGCGCUACAGUCUGGAACUGCGCAACCGCUACAGUCGCAGGUUCGAAUCCUGCCUCGGGCAUCGAUGUGUGUGAUGUCCUUAGGUUAGUUAGGUUUAAGUAGUUCUAAGUUCUAGGGGACUGAUGAUCACAGCAGUUAAGUCCCAUAGUGCUCAGAGCCAUUUGAACCAUUUGUUGACAAAAGUACUCAAAAAAGUAGUUGGAUCAAUUACAGCUAGUUGGCAAACUUGGUACUCUGUUACAAUUACAAAUUACAAUUAUUUUUCAAUUGGGUUGGUUAAUGUUCAAAUGUAAAAAGAAAAUAAUAAAGGAAAGGCUGAAUGGAGCAAAUAUAAAAUGUAUUAAAAGAGAACAGAUUGAUUAACAUACAAAACAAAAGAAUCCAACAUCCCCCACCCCAGUCCAUUCAGGUCCACUUUACCCAAUUGCUUUUUCACAUGUAGUGAUUGGUACAUUGUUCAACAGGCAUCACUCACUGAUUUUAUUGUGGCCAAAAGAAAGGUGAAGCUGCACUACCUGGACCUUGAUGACUAGUGGUCUGAAUGAGAAAGACUGGGCAUUCUCACAACAGCAACAAGAAACAUGAAAAAAAAAAGACAUUUAAUAGAUGUACCAUAUUUGUACAAAUAUAGUCAGCACCUAAACUUUUUACGCGCGAUUAUAGUAAGAAGUAAAUCUGGAAUAUAAGCUGUGCUACUAAAUUUAUGAGAAAGUUCAAUUAGAUCCAAUUUGAGUUGCAUAUCACUCUGUUUCCUUCUUCAACUCCUGUUUAACUACUGUGUAACUGUUAAGUUGGCAGAAUAGAAUGGCUGUGUUAAAAUUGUAGCUUCAGCUGCUCUGCUGCAAUGUGGCAGGCUGUCUACACCUGAGCUGUACACGUAUCACGAAAAUACCAUAUUUAUUGGGAAGUCUGGUAACAAGACUGAUUCCAGGGACAGUGUGAGGAAGUUAAGGACAUAGCUGCUUAAUCGCUUUAUUCUGGGAGACGAUGUUUUGCCGUACUCCAUUCUAAAGGUUGUAAGUAGUUGUUCCUUAGAGAAAGAAAUAGCACUUUCCUUCUGAAGUUCUUCCAUCAGGAAAAUGUUAGGGCUGAGAUCAAAAUGCUGCUGGGGUUAGCUCCUUAUCUAGCAAGAUGAAGCCUGUUCUGCUAUCAGGAUAAGUGUAUGCAUACCACACCACUGACGAGGUGAUUCACACCCACACCAAGAAUGAGUGCUACUUGAAAAAACUCUUAUCUCUUCCAGUCCAUCAAAUGCUGCAACUUCGCUCUCACCAUGUUUCAUUUCUAAUAUCCUUAAAAGAAACAAAUAGAAAAUUGAUAUUUGUAGAAUGACAUCAGAAAUGUUAUGUAUGAAGAAAAAAGAAAACAAAGAUUAAAUUAACCUAUGUGAAAACCUUGACAAAAUUGCUGCUAUUGUCUGUUACACAAGACACCACUUGUUAUGUCGGCUCUCAAUUGCAACAGCCAGAAUCUUAUGUAUGGUAUCCCACAAUCUUUUUUUAUGGUAAGCAUUGCAAAUUUUCUGCCUAGUGUCUCUUCAUUGAGCUAGUGCACGGUAAUCCCCAGGAAAGCUCUACUAAAAUUUGUCUAGUAAUCUGCUGUGGUUGUAACAGCAUUAACUCUUGAUAGCUGCUCUAAGAGUCUCUUUUUUGGUUAUUGUACCUUUGCUUCGGUCAUGCAGGUACAGUUCUCCUACACAUUGCUAUACUAUUUGGUGCCAGAGACUGCAUCAAAUUUAUGAACAAUGCUUCUACCACUGAAAAAGGCUGAAGAGAAUGGCAGACAAAAUCUAAAACUAGCUUUUCGACAGUGCUAUGGUGGGUAGUGUUAUUUGUGAGGGAAAGUGUAGAUUGUGUUUUCUUUGCACCUGUACUUUCAGUCAGAAGACAAGACUUCAUUUCUUCGCUCAUUGCAGGAAUUGUCCCAUUUCAAAUAACUUUGUUGGAUGAAUCCUCUGCAGUGGAGACAAAGGUUGUGUGAUUAUUAAUCAAAAAAGGUUAUAUUUUACCGUUUGUUAUAUUUGUGCUGUAAUAAAUAGUACUCAGUAUUCAUAAUAUAGUAACAUUUAUAGUUGUAUUGUUUCCUUAGGUCUCUUGGAAAUGUGGCAUGUAUGUACACUUGUUUCAAUUUGUAACUUUAAUAUUACAUAAUAAAUUUUCAGAUUGUAGUUGCUUACCUGUAUAUGCUUCUUUAAAUUAGAUGCUGAACUCCCAGCAGAGUUCAGAAAUUUAUUUCUCCGUCAGAGCUUACAUUUUACCAUUAUACUUUCUUUGCAUUGUGCACCACUUAACUCAAAAUAAUUUUUUAACUAAGGAAAUGGAAAUACUCUAACCGCA